AUGUCGACAGGGAUCAAUGUGAUAAAGAAUAAACUUCGUUAUAAAAGAGUUCUUCUAAUUCUUGAUGAUGUGGAUGAUUGGGGACAGUUGAAAGCUUUGGCCGGAAAUUGUGAUUGGUUUGGUUCAGGAAGUAGAUUCAUUAUAACAAGGGAUCAAAAUUUACUAAGUAAUCAUAAGGUUGAUGCAACAUAUGAAGUGGAGAAAUUGAGCCAUUAUGAAGCUUUGAAGCUAUUUAUUGAAAUGGAACGUUUAAGGAAGCUUAGCUUAGCAUAUACCGAUAUAAAAGAAUUGCCUUUAUCCAUUGGGCAGCUCAUUGGGCUUGAAGUAUUAGAUCUAAUAGGCUGCAAAAAUCUUGUGCAUCUCCCGACUGGCAUUCUUUGA